AUGUCCAACGAGACACCCAACAACAACGGCCAAUUCAAUCCACAGCUGCAAUUCUCUCCACCUGGACUUGUGGGGAGGAUGAAUGCCAACGGAGUCAACCCGGGGAUGCAGAUCAGGAACAUGUACGGAACACCCACAAUGUCCAAUGCAAUGCCCAACCUCAACCCAGGAAUGAUGGGACAGAACAACGCUCUAUCCAUGGCACAGAGGCAGGCCCUCGGCGUCGGUGGCGGUCCACCCUUCCAGAUGAACGGUAAUAACCCUGCAUUUGCUGCUCUUACUCAACAGCAGCGACAGUUCCAGCACCAGCAAAUGAUGCAGCAUCAACAAUUACAACUGCUGCAGCAGCAACAACAACAGCAACAGCAACAGCAACAGCAACAACAACAACAACAACAACAACAACAACAACAACAGCAACAGCAACAUCAGCAUCAGCAACAACAGCAACAGCAACAACAGCAAUUGCAACAACAGCAACACCAAACACCAUUAAUGAACAGCUUUCAACUGCAACAACCACCGCAGCAAACGACAUCUGAUGGUGUCUCUGGGUCUAAUAAUGAUUCGACAAAAACCAAUUCGGCAAGUGCCUCUCAGCAAGCUGGCGGCGAUAUGAGCGAUGAUCUUUUCGGCCUAGAGUCCUUUGUCGAUUUUAACGAGGGUCCGAGUUCUGCGCCAUCAAAGGCCGCCGAUUCCAACGCUGCCAAUUCUAAUGAUGGUACGCCCUCCGCUCAGCCAGGUACUCCAGGGAACGGUGGAAGCAGCACGGGCAACAACAACAAUAACAGUAGCAACAAUAAUAGAGGCAACGGCAAUGACGGGGACAGCAACAGCAACAACAAUGCCAACCAAAACAGCAACAAUACUAACCCUAACAGCUCUAAUGGUCAACCUACAACACCAUCCGCAGCCACAUUCAGCCAACAGUCUCCGGCAUCACAAGUCCAGUCUGCACUUCAGCCAAAUGCUAACCCACAACAGCAGCAAUCCCAGCCUCAGCAGCUACAUCAGAAUCAACCUGGGAACCUGAAUCUGCCACGGCAGCAACUCCAGCUACAGAUGCCUCCACAUCAACAGCAGCAGCAGCAGCAGCAACUGAAUCAGAAUCGCAAUGGCAUGAGCCCCGUAGGAACCAACCCUCAGGCGAUGAUGAUGCAGCCGCAACAGCAACCCGCUCAGGCCGGGAAUGGCAUGACGCCAGGAAUGCCCUUCCUUCCCAUGGAGGUGCGUCAGCAAAUGAAUCUGCUACAGCAGGCGAACCAACAGCGCUACUUGAACACCAUGGAGGAGCUGCAGAGGAGACAUCAGCAGGCAUUGAUUGGAGCGAACGGUGAUGCGAACAUGAUCGCGACACUGAACGAGCAGUUUGAAAACAUGAAGAAGCAAGCUGCUGCUCAACAGCGAUACCAGGCACAGAUGCAAAUGCGGAACUUUCAACAACAAAUGAUGCAGCAAGCAGCGCAGGGAAUGAAUCAAAGCCCCAAGAUGGCUCCUAAUGCCAUAUCGAGUCCCAUAAUGCCCCAGACACCACAGCAGAAGCAGCAGCAACUAUUGGCACAACAGAAUAUGAUCCAGCAACAGGGCGUUUUCAAUUCGCCAUCCUAUACCCCGCAGCAGCAGAAUGCGCAGAAGCAACCGAUGUCGAUGCCGAUGCAUCUUCAGGGCCAACCACAAUUGCAAGGUACUCCUCAAAUGCAGCACCAAAUGCUGCAGCGUCUACAGCUCGAGCAAUUGCAGCAGCAACAACAGCAGCAACAACAGCAGCAGCAACAACAGCAGCAACAGCAGCAACAGCAGCAGCAACAGCAACAACAGCAGCAACAGCAGCAGCAUAUGCAAAACAUGAAUGGACUAUCUGGAGCCCACAUGCCUGGCAACAAUGCCCUCGCUGGAAGCAUGGCUGCAAGAGCGCGAAAGCCGCAAGGAUCUCAGCCUACAUCAGCCCAGUCAUCGCCAUCGCCAGCAAAUGCCAGUCUUCCAGUCAUCAACAAUGUGGUGCCGAAUUUGAAUAUCGACUACACCACAAUCACCUGCGACGAAUUCGAGGACCAACUGCGCGAUUUCAUGAAAAGUCGGAACACCCCGCUGCCAACAAAGAUUCCAAGUAUGGGCAGCAAAAAGAUCAACCUACUGUUGCUGUUCCGGAUUUCAAUGGCUAUGGGUGGAAUGGAAAGUGUAUCGAAGCAAAAGGCAUGGAAGAGUAUCUCUAGCCAGCUGGAUAUUCCCGAUACCCUUGCGACAGCGGCUCAAACACUGCGCAAACACUAUUCGCUUCUCCUUCAUCCUUUCGAAGAAGCGAUUAUGAAUGCUAAGAGCGCUGGUUUGGCGGUACAUCCGUCACUAGGUGCUAUUCCAGUGUUGCCCUUGCCAGAAUCCAUGGAUACUCAAGGGUCAUCAGCCAACUCGCCGUUUGGUAAAGAAAUGACACCAGGGCUCCCACCACAGCAGGCGCAGAUGGGCAUGCCUGGCGCGCAUCCCAUGCUUCAUCAGCAGCAAGGGUUCCAUCCUAAUCAACUUCAGCUCCAGCAGCAACAUCAAAUGCAGCAGUUCCAGCACCAGCAAAUGUUGCAGCAUCAACAGCAGCAGCUACAGUUGCAGCAACAACAGCAUCAACAACAGCAGCAACAACAGCAACAACAGCUACCACAACAGCAGAUGCAACAGCAAAUGCAGCAGCAACAAUUGCUCCAGCAACAGGCGCAACAAGCGCAACAGCAGGCGAUGCCUAACGCCCGCAACCCGGCCCCGGGUGGCAUGACGAGCUCAGGACCUGUUCCCAAUGCUUCUGCACGGUUCUCGCCUUACCCAACUGCAAUGCUGUUGAAGCAAGCGCAAGCACAAGCACAAGCACAGGCACAAGCACAAGCACAGGCCCAGGCCCAGGCACAAGCUCAAGCACAAGCACAAGCGCAAGCACAGGCACAAGCUCAAGCCCAUGUUCAGCCGCCAUCGCAAGCGCAAGAUCAGGGAAUGGCACUGGUCGCAAACCAGGGCGCGGAGUCUCAACAUGGUAUGGUGUCUCAAGACAAGGAAUCCAGUGUGGAUCAGACAGGAGUGUCCGAAUCUAAGGAUGGGUCGGUGCAAACACAGGAUGUUGGCGCUGUCUCCCAGUCAGAGGUCCCAUUGCAGUCAACUACGGCAGCUAGCGCACAGUUGAAAGAGUCGUCUGUUGCUUUAGAUCAACAUGGACAAGAUCCGCAAGGUGACGUUAGCAGUGCAGGAGUGUCGGCCUCUGUGUCAGCUCCCUCGAAUCAAGUAUCCGAUGGUGGCCAGCCUAACUCAAGUGCAUCCUCAAAUGCUGCUGCAGUAAAUGGUGGCGUUAAGGCCACUAGUUCGGCUUUGCAGGCUGCCCCUGCAUCGGCCAAUGCAUCGGAGUCCACUCUUGGAUUAUUUGCACAGGCUAUGAUGGCUGUUCCGGUCCCUGUCAUUACAUUACCGUCAACACUGCCUCAUCAUGGGCCUCAGUCACAGGGAUCCUCAGAUUCCACGGUUAAGCCAACGAAGCCGUCGCCUGCAGCACUUGAUCUGAAGCCUGGCGAGACCAAGGAGGACACCCCAGCACCUACUCCAGCUCAACCGAUGGUGGUAGCCUAUCAUCCUAUCACGAGGGCGGUCGACACUUAUGGAGGUAUCGAUAUCAUGGCCAUGGAGAAAUUCUCUGUUCCUCAUUAUGUGCCGGGCCGUGAUUACCUUGGCACCGUCGACAUACAUGCGUUGAUCAUGUCUUUGAAGUCUGGAAUGAGAUUAGAGGUCACGAACGCCCUCAACACGUUAUCAACACUGACUCGACAGGACAUUGACAACCUUCACUUGGUCCACUGCCCUGAAUUGCUCGAUAUUCUACUCGAUCUCCUCGAGAACACAUAUCUGGGCUGGAGCCUUGGCGAUAGCCCUCAGAGAACGAUAAUGGAGCGUGAACACAGGGAAGGCUCUGUAGAGCACCAAGAACCGCAGCAACAGCAACCUGUGGGGAUUUUUAGCAAGCGGACGAAUUUCGAUACGUACCAGCAGCUGUUUGAGGCCAGCGUCGACGAAGCUUGCCAUCUCAUGGAGUGCCAGUCGUCGAAAGAAAGGGAUUGCGAGGAGCUUUCAGAACUAAGCUCGGCAUCAUCACGAUCUAGCCUUAGCUUUGAGCAAUGGUCAGCCAACAAGGAACGGUUCUUGUCCCUGUCGAACAUCCUCAGGAACCUGUCCUUCUUGCCAGCGAAUUUUGAGUUCCUGGCUCGGUACCCGCGUUUCUUGCAGGUACUCAAGGGAACGUUGCUGGCGUUCCAAAUGAAGGACUUGAAGCGGUCGUUCGGCUCCGUCGACAAUGAGAAUUCGUGGGCAACGAAGUUGGAGCCCCGCUCAACAGGCGAGGUGUGGUUGCCGUCUACUGGAGCGUUGACAAUCCUGGAACACCGGAAGGACGUGCUGACCAUUUUGGCAAAUUUGUCUGGAUAUCUGAUUUUGCCAGAUUCUGACUCUGCGCAGUGGAUCAUGCUUUUAAUUCUGGACUUUAUGAACGCGCAUGAUACGUAUUACGCCAGUCUUGCUCUGGAAGCCGUUGCGAAACUGGGCAUCAGCCAUGACAACCGGCUGCUGCUGUCAAGCGUUGACCGAGAUCUACGCGUACAGACGAUCAAGCAACGUCACGGAGGUCGCCUCCCACCUCGGCACUCAACACACAGAAGCACAUCAACGCUGUCGACUGUGGACGAUGCGGUCGAGAAAUGGGAGGAUGGAGGAUUCCUGCUACCGAUGUUCGAGGCGCUGUCGAGGAUGCUGGCAAAGGUUUUGACGACAGUAACAGAACAGCAAUCGGUUGCACUGGUAAUGCCUCAUUCUGCGCUGGCGCAUCUGGAAACACUGAUGUUGGCGACCUACAACCUUGCGGCGCUCUCGGAGGCGGACUUUAGGCGGUAUAUGGUAGUACAGCCCGGGUUUGUGAGAGGAUUGCUAAGGUUGAGUGUGUUGCUGGCAGAUGUACGGACACCGGCCUAUACGUCAGCGAGCAUGCGGACAGUGGAGACGUUGAGGGUAAUAUCGAAGGAUAACGAGCAUCUGCUGGUGCAGUACACGGAGGUGAUCGCGAAGGCGGCGAUGCAGCCGCAUAUUCAUCCCAAGAUUCUGGACGACUUGAUGUGUGUCCUGUAG